CUGUGACCGGCGCCGGCUGCCUGCCCCUGACACCAAGUCUACAGAGCCUCGGUGGAAUAAAGAUCUUCAAACUAAAAUGGCCGCCGAGGGAGGAACCUCUGAGGAGAGGAUUUCCGAAUUUGAUGAUGAUUUGGCCUCUGAGUUCUCUGCUCUUCUUGGCGUGGAUGCCCUUCGGGUCUUAAAGAGACAACAAGAAGAAGAGCACCAAGAGCGAAUGAAGAUGAGGAAAGGCUUUAACCCUCACAUGCGCAGCGAAGCCAAACGAUUAAAGACCUUUGUGACCUACGACACAUUCAGAUCAUGGACGCCACAGGAGAUGGCAGCCGCUGGGUUUUACCUCACUGGGGUGAAACUUGGGGUUCAGUGCUUCUGCUGUAGCUUAAUCCUCUUCUGCACGAGACUCAGGAAUCUCCCCAUAGAAAGCCACAGGCGAUUGCGUCCCGAAUGUGAGUUCCUUUUGGGCAAAGACGUUGGUAACAUUGGCAAGUAUGAGGUAAGGGUGAAGACUCCGGAGAAGCUGAGAGGUGACAGAGCAAGGUACCGAGAAGAGGAGGCCAGACUGGAGUCCUUUGAGAACUGGCCGUUUUAUGCCCACGGGACAUCGCCACGUGUCCUCUCAGCAGCUGGCUUUGUGUUUACAGGCAAAAGGGACACCGUGCAGUGUUUCUCCUGUGGUGGAUGCUUGGGAAACUGGGAAGAAGGAGACGAUCCUUGGAAGGAGCAUGCCAAGUGGUUCCCCAAGUGUGAAUUUCUUCAAAGUAAGAAGUCCUCAGAGGAAAUUGCCCAGUAUAUUAAAAGCUACGAGGGAUUUGUGCAUGUAACGGGAGAACAUUUUGUGAAUUCCUGGGUCGGAAGAGAAUUACCUAUGGUGUCAGCCUACAGCAAUGACAGCGUCUUCGCUCAUGAGGAACUAAGGCGGGACACUUUUAAGGACUGGCCCCAUGAAUCACCUGGGGCUGUUGAGGCUAUGGUCAGAGCAGGCCUUUUCUACACAGGCAAAAAUGACACUGUCCGGUGCUUUUCCUGUGGAGGAUGUAUGUGGAAAUGGGAGGAAGGUGAUGACCCAUUAGAAGAUCACACCAAGUUUUUUCCCAACUGUGUAUUUCUUCAAACCCUGAAGUCCUCGACAGAAGUGACUUCAGCCCUUCAAAGCCACUGCCCACUUCCAGAAGCCAUGGACCCCACAGGCGGAGGCCAUCAUGAGGGUGGAGCGGCAGCCCUCUCUCCUGGGGUCGAAGUUGCUCCAAGUGAAGCCCAGGGACGUGAAUGUCCAUCGAGCAGUGCCUGCCUCCUCCCCACAGACCUGGCUCAGAACGAAGCCCAGUGGCUUCAAGAGGCAAAGAGUCUGAGUGAGCAGCUGAGAGCAGCCUACACCAAAGCCACUUUCCGCCACAUGGAUUUGCCAGAGGUGUGUUCCGGCCUAGGCACUGACCACUUGCUCGGCUGUGAUCUGUCCAUCGUCUCGAAGCACAUCAGCCGGCCGGUGCAAGAGGCCUUGAUGCUCCCCGAGGUCUUCACCAGUCUCAACGCUGUCAUGUGUGUGCAGGGGGAAAUGGGCAGUGGGAAGACCACCCUCCUGAAGAAAACAGCCUUCCUCUGGGCGUCAGGGUGCUGUCCCCUGCUGAACAGGUUCCAGCUGGUCUUCUACAUCUCCCUUAGUUCCACCAGGCCAGACCAGGGACUGGCCAGCAUCAUCGGUGCCCAACUCCCCGAGGCAGAAGGAAGCAUUAGUGAAGUGUGCCUGAGCGGCAGCAUCCGGCACUUAAAGCACCAGGUGCUGUUCCUGUUGGAUGAUUUCAGUGGGAUGGACUCUCUGCCCCAAGCCAUAGCAACACUGAUUACAAACAACUACUUGUCACAGACCUGCUUAUUGAUCGCUGUCCAUACCAACAGGGCCAGGGCCAUCCGCCCAUACCUAGAUACAAUUCUAGAGAUCAAAGAUUUUCCCUUCUACAAUACUAUCUCUGUACUACGGAAGGUAUUCUCACACAAUAUUAUCUGUGUGCGAAGGUUUAUAAAUUACUUUGGCAUGAAUGAGGAUUUACAGGGAAUUCACAAAACCCCCCUCUUUAUGGCAGCAGUCUGUAUUGACUGGUUUCAAAAUCCUUCUGACCAGUCCUUUCAUGAUGUGGCAGUUUUCCAGUCCUAUAUGAAAUACCUUUUCUUAAAGCUCGAGGCUACAGCUGAGCCUCUCAAGGCCACUGUGUCCUCGUGUGGCCAGCUGGCCUUGAGAGGGCUUUUCUCGUCUUGCUUUGAGUUCAGUGGUGAGGACCUCACAGAAGCAGGAGUAGAUGAAGAUGAAGAUCUGAACACCUGCUUGAUGAGCAAAUUCACGGCCCAGAGACUGAGACCAGUCUAUCGCUUCUUAAGUCCUUUGUUCCAAGAGUUUCUUGCUGCCAUGAGGCUGACUGAACUCCUGGGUUCAGAAAGAGAGGAAGACCAAUGUCUGGGGCUUGAUUAUUUGAGACAAAUUAACUCUCCCUUGAAGGCUGUGAGUGUCUACAACAACUUUUUGAAGUAUGUCUCCAGCCACCCUUCAUCAAGGGCAGGGCCAAAAGUUGUGUCUCACUUGCUUCGGUUGGUGAGUGAUAAAGAGUCGCUGGAGGACAUGUCUGAAAAAGAGGAUCAUGGGAAGGUCCAUCCAGAAACUUCCGAGAGGAUGCAGAUUGUUAGGGGUUUGUGGCAGGUAUCUCCUGAAGCUUUCUCUUCGUUCGUCUCAGAAAAUUUACUGAAUAUUGCUCUAAAGUUUGCUUACAAAAGCAAUGCAGUUGCUGCGUGUUCUCCGUUUAUUUUGCAAUUCCUUCAAGGAAGAACACUGGCUUUGAAUGCACUGAAUUUACAGUACUUUGGGGACCACCCAGAAAGCCUGCUACAGUUGAGGAGUGUACAGGUCUCCAUAAGUGGAAAUAACAGAGUGAGGAGUAUAGAUUUUUCAUCCAUGGAAAAAUGUUUUGAGAAAGUCCAGCCACCAACUAUAGAUGAGGAGUAUGCAUCUGCCUUUCAAUCUGUUAAUGAAUGCGAGAAAAAUUUGUCUGAAAAAGAGGCUAUAAUAAAGAACUAUAUGGAUAUCCAGCACCAGGCCCAACCCAACAUCAGUGCUGGGUACUGGAAACUGUCACCCAAGCUGUACAAGAUCCCUAGGCUGGAAGUUGGAGUGGCCUACAUGGGUCCAGCAGACCAUGCACUGCUCCAGGUCCUGACGGAAGUCUUCUCAGCAUCGCAGGAUAUCGAGCUCCGCUUGAUGCACAGCAGCGGCUUUCUGGAAAGCAUCCGCCCUGCUCUGGAGCUGAAUAAGACCUCUGUCACCAAGUGCUCCCUGUGCAGACUGAGGCUCAGCCAAGCAGAACAGCAGCUGCUUCUCUCCCUGCCUGCCCUGCGGUCUCUUGAGCUCUCAGGGAUAAACCAGUUUCCAGAUGAACUCUUCGCUAACUUGGACAAGUUCCCGAGCCUCAGAGAACUGUCUGUGAGAUUAGAUGGCCAACCAGGUGUGCUGUCUGUCAUCCCUGGAGACCUCCCUAACCUCCACCACAUGGAGAAGUUAUCCAUCCAAACUUCCACAGAGUCUGACCUCUCCAAACUGGUUAAAUUGAUUCAGAACUCUCCAAAUCUUCAUGCUUUCCACCUGGAAUGUGACUUCUUUUCGAAUUGUGAGUCUCUCAUGACCGUGCUUGCUUCCUGCAAGAAACUCAGAGAGAUUGAGUUUUCUGGACGAUGCUUCGAAACCAUACCAUUUGUCACCAUUUUGCCAAGUUUUGUUGCUCUGAAGAUACUGAAUCUCAAUCGCCAACAAUUUCCAGAUAAAGAAACCUCAGAAAAGUUUGCGCAGGCUCUGGGUUCUCUCAGGAACCUGGAGGAACUGCUGCUUCCCACUGGGGACGGGAUUCAGCAAGUGGCCAAACUGAUUGUCCAGCAGUGCCUGCAGCUUCCGUGUCUGCGAGUCCUUGCCUUUCACCACACCUUGGAUGAUGACAGCGUGGUGGAAAUCGCCAAAGGAGCAACUAGUGGAGCUUUCCAGAAACUUGAGACCUUAGAUCUUUCAGUGAAUCACAAGAUCACAGAGGAAGGAUACAGAAAUUUCUUUCAAGCCCUGGACAACCUGCCAAACUUGCAGGUGCUCAACGUCUGCAGGAGUAUCCCAGAAUGCAUCCAAGUGCAGGCAACCACGGUCAAGGCUCUGAGCCAGUGUGUGUCCCGACUGCCCAGCCUCACCAGGCUUGAGAUUCUCAGUUGGCUCCUGGAUGAAGAGGACAUGAAAGUGAUUAAUGCUGUGAAGGAAAGGCACCCUCAGUCCAAACGCUUAUUUGUUCACUGGAGGUGGGUAGUGCCCUUCUCCCCGGUCCUUCAGAAGUGAAAGGUGCAGGUGAAGGCAGUUCUAAAUACCUACUUUCCUAAUACAUUUUACCCUUCUGAGCUGCUGGUACACAGCUGUACUUUCAUCAUUUAGGAGACCAAGGUGAGAGAAUAGAGAGUUUCAGGCCAGCCUUGGUUACAUAGGAAGAUCCUGUCUCAAAACUAAAGGCAAAACUAACCAUUGUAUUGAAAUAUAUUAAUUGUGAAAUAAAUUAACUGUGUAGGCUGAUGAUUGUUUUUUAAAUCCUGAAUACUCAUCACUGAACUUAAGAGCUAUUAUGAUGGGCAGUCCUCAUAUGGUCCUCUUGUCUAUGGAAAGCCAGCAUGCACACGCUGAGCUAUGAUGAACAGCCCUUGGCAGUCCGUGUAUGGUCCUCCUUUCUAAAGACAGAGCCUCACUCAAAUUCUUAUCGAGAACCUUUCAUCGCCAAGGUCAACAGGAAGGGGUAGGGAAAGGAACAUUGAUCUGUGUAAAGGCUAAACAUGGAAGGAGUGUUUGAUGGAGGUAAGAAAUGGCCAGUUUAAGGAAGAAUCGGUCCCACCCAUGAUGAAGCAGCAGUUGACUUUAACACAGGAGGCAGAUGACUCUUUCCAGAAGAUGCGCUUUAGUCUUUGCAGGGCUUUUGUGCAUUCACCAGCCUUGGUGCGGCCACGCUGGCUUACAUCAUCUCUCACCCAUUGCCAAUGUGAGGAAGACGUUGGGCUGAGAGAAACCUGCUUUGUUCCAGAGGCUUUUGAGAGCUUCGCAUGUGAUGUAAUGACCUUGAGGAUUUUUUCCUUUUGUCUUUCUGUUGCUUUGAGACAGGGUUUCACACUGUAGCUUUCAGUGAUCUGGGACUGAAUAUGUAGACCAGUCCAACCUGGAACUCACAGAGAUCUGCCUGCCUCUGCCUCUGCCUCCUGAGGGCUGGAAUUUUAAAAGCAAUGUCUAUAUGUACAGUAAGGAUUUGUGAAUGUAUUAACAUGACUAUAACAUUCAUUUAUUAUUCCAUAUGUUAAUAAAAAUCUUACC